GGAAAUCAAUCAAUAAUUAAAACAAAAAAGAAAAAUUUUGAUAAUCAAUAUUUUAAAGUUAUUUAUUAUAGUUAAAUAAGCAAUUAAGUAGUAAAAACUCACUAGGUAUAUACAAAAGCUUGCAAACAAAUAGAAAGGUUCCAUUUAAGUCUAAAUUUAAAAUAGUAAAAAAUAAUGAAGAGGUGGGAGGAAUAGCAAAAGAAUAAAGUUCAUCAAUCUCGUAUUAAAAACGUUAAAGCUGCUGUUUCAAAUACAGGAGUACGCAAAUCAGGAAAACUCAAUAAAUCUUUAAAUGAUUCUAAACAAAUAUCGUAAAUUAAGAGUCCUGCAUAAUAAGGUGUAGCCUACGAAAAUUAAAAUUCAAUAAGCGACUACUAUGAAUCCGAAAAAAAUAAUUUAGAAUCUAUACCAUUGUACAGAAUUUUAAAGCUCUAAAAUUUACAGCGAUAUGCCAAGGAGUUAGUAUCAAGAGGUUAUGGCUAUGAUUUGAAGAAAUUUAAUUACUUAAGUUAAAAUUAGCUAAACAGCCUUCUUGAUGAAAUAAGAGUUUAACCUGGACAUAAGACAAAAUUAAUUGAUUUAUUAGAUUUAAUAUCGAAUGAGAUGAUCCCAGAAAUAGAGAAUAAUUCUAUGUGGAAUGCAUUAUCUCCUGGUAGCUAAGCAUAAAAUUAUAAUUAGACUCUUUAAUCAAGUGGAAAAUCUAUGAGUAAGGCAAAUUCUGCGAAGUAAAUUCCUUCUAAGUAGCAUUUUUAUGCUCUAGGAAAGUAGCCUGCAACAACUAAAAAUUAAAGGUAGUAGAAUAUUGUUCCUAAUUUGCAAAGAAAAAACUCAUAGCCUCAUGUAUCCACAUAGAACAGAGCAAAUCACCAUAUGUAUUAUCAAGGAAAUUAAAGAUAAAUAAAAUCUCAUACUUCUCAUGUAAAGAAGCGCACAGGAUAAAACAUUGGAUAUGAUUAUUUUAUAGACAGCUAAGAUGGCAAUGAUGGAUAUGAUGAAUUUUAAGAAGCUAUUGAAAGUUUAGUCAAUUAGUAUAAUUUUGCUAAUAAUCGUUAAAUAUUUAAAGAAAAUAAAUAGACUGAUGAGUCCUUUAAGAACGAAUUACAAGAGUUAGAUUUAGAGUUUGAAUUGGAGUAAAAUAUUGGAUACAGAAAUUAGGCGCAAAUGCGUGCUAAGGUUGAUAAAGCAGUCAACUAAGUAAAUAAAUCAUAUUCUAAAACUCAAAGUAACUAUGGUAGUGGAAAUUCAAUCACAAGUAAUUCAACUUCUACUAAAAAUCCUUCUCUAAAUAAUUCUAAGACAAAUCAAACCAGCUCAACAAUAAGUGGAAGCUCAAUAGCAUAAAAAUCUGUUAACAGUACUUAAAUAAACAAUUCAAAAUAAUAAACAAGCUCAAUCACAUAGACAAAACCAUAAAGUUCAUAGACAUAAAAAAGACCUAACAGUGGAACGUAAAAAGCUCAAAGUAUUAGCUAAACUUAAUCUUCAAGAGAAUCUAAUGAGUCCUAUCAUUAAAGAGCAGUUAGUAAUAUAUAAACUGGGUCUGCUAAAUUAACAGAUAAAGAUACUCUUAAAGGUAGUAAAAAAGACAGUUAAAUUAUUAGUCUUCCAACUAAAAAGUAGGAAGAAGAAAAAUCUAAGCUUUAGUAAAAAGAAAAAGAAUUAGAUUUUAAGUAAAAGUAGGAAAUUGAGAAACUUAAAUAAAAGUCAGAUGGAGGUAGCAAAACCCUUGCUUAAACUGCUAAGGAUUUAGCAAGUUAACUUUAGCAUAAUGAUUAGCCAUAAUAAAAUUAGAGUGGAAUUCACAAGAAAGGAAGACCCCAAACUGCAAAAUAUUCAAGAAAUGUACCUUAUGUUCAAGAUGACUAGUGCUUAAUUGUAGAAUAUGAUGAAAAUGAUCAAUUAGUUUUAAAUUAUAAAGAAAACCGUUUGAUAAAAAGUAUUAUGAAAAACAUCAAGAGCAAAAAUAAUGAUAACAGCGAUGAGUUAAAUCCAUAGUUAGAUUAUGAUACUAUUAAGCAUAUGUAUAUGUCCUUUGAUGGUGGAAAAUUGACUUCAACUUUAGUAAAUUUAGAUAUAGAAGAAAUGUGCUUCUGCUUUGCAUGUGCUAUUUUAAAGCAUAUAGAGCAUGGUGAGGAAGCUGAAAGGGCAUUUCAAAAUAAUAAGAUGUAUAAUAAUUUACACUAAAUUGAUGAAGAGCAUGAAGACCAUAUUAGUAAAGAAUAAAAUUCCUCAAAGAAAAUGAACAAGCAAGACAUUUCCAUGGAUAACUCUACAAGUCUUCAUGAUACUUCUGUUCAGUCAAAUGCUAACAAUACCACUUCUAACAAUAAUUAGUCUUAAUAAAAUAAUCAAAAUUAGCAUAUUAUGUAACAUUAAUAUAAUGAUACUUCUCUCAAUCGAACAACUAAUCCUAUUGAAGAACCCACGAUGAUUCAUGAUGAUUAUAAUUAAAGCAUCAUUAACGCUGAUGCAGAGAAAUAUUUAAAAGACGAUGAUUAAGACUAUAGAUCAGCAGAAAGAUAAUUCCCACAAUAGAUGAGUAUAAAUAAUGGGACUUUUAAUUGGAAACAGAAAAAGAGUCUGUCUGAUAUCAGUGAAAGAACUCAUGAAGUUUCUCAUUAAAACAAUAAAUCGAUUACAGUGGACUAAUCCAACGAGUAAUCAGUAAACUAGAGAAAUAAUUUAACUAAUCUAAACAGUAGAAAGUAAUUUGAAUAAAGUCGCUAGGAAAUGGAAGAAAUUUUGAAAGAAUCCCUACUAAUGAAUGUGCGUGAUAACUAAAGUUUACGUCGCAGACUAGAAGUCGAACACCAUGAUGACGAAAAAGAAUUUGAAUACACAGAAAACGAAGAAGAUGAUGAGGAUGAAUCGAACUAGGAUAUGCAUUCAAAUCUUAAGAGGAAAGGUUUUAAAAAUAUAAAAUAAGAAGUUGGAAAUUCUAAGGUCCCUUACGAUGAAUCUCUUAACUUAUAUUUGGAGAAGAAUCCAAAUAGUGAAGAUGAAGAAAAUGAAUUUUUGUCAUAGAAUAUUAACAAAGAGAGCAGCCAAAAGGUGAAAAAUAAUAAAUAUGAUUUAGACGAUACAUAAAAUUAAGAAAAAAGCCUAUAAGAACCAGAGUCAUUUAACUAGGAUUACAACCAAGAAAACUAUGAAGAAGUGGAGAGUGAAGGUGAAAUAGAGGCUGAUAAUGAGUAGCAGGAAGUACCUAAUAAUCAGGAACCUGCUGAAACUGACAGCUAGUUGAAUUUCUCUACGAUAUCUAGGUAUUCAAUGGUCAUACCAAAUGACGACAUUUCAAACAAGAGAUUAUUUGAUAAGACUUACAAUUAUAAAGAAAAUAGUGAUUAAAUAUUCACUUAAAAGCCAACAAAAGAAACUAUACAAAAUUACUGCAAAAAUGUAUGCAUUUCUUGCUAAUUAGAGAAGCAGAUUCCUAUAAUAGCUCUUGUUUACAUCGAAAGGCUUUUAAAUAAUAGUGGUUUUUACAUGACCCCUAAAAAUUGGAGAAAAGUGACAAUAACUUCUAUGAUAAUGGCUUCCAAAAUUUGGGAUGAUGAGUCUUUUGAAAAUAAAAACUUUUCACAGGCAUUCCCUAUGUUUGAUGUGAUAUAAAUCAACGAAAUGGAAAGAGUCUUUUUGAAUUUUAUUGACUACAAUCUAUACGUUAAAGGAGCCGAUUAUGCAAAAUAUUAUUUUAUAUUGAGAGAAUUUGCAUAAAAAAACAAAAAGUCAUUCCCAUUGAGACCUUUAGAUUUGAAAACUAUUUUAUACUUGCAAAAUAAUGCAAACAGAGCUCAAAGUAACCUAAAAGAAAUGUAUUAAAACCCUUUAAACAAGAGCUUUUGA